AUGGCCAUUUCGAAGCGGCGUGAGAGGAAGCUGCCAGUGCAGCAGUUGUCCAUUCUGGCAAUAUGCCGUUUCGCCGAACCUAUAUCKAGCACUUCGCUUUACCCGUACCUGCCAGAAAUGGUCGAGUCCUUCCAAAUCCCUCAAAACGAAGUGGGGAAGUGGGCUGGAGUUUGUGCAGCAGUCUUUAGCCUCUGUCAGGCUCUGAUGGGCAUACCAUGGGGAAGAUUCUCCGACUCGUAUGGACGCAAGCCUGCCAUCUUGCUGGGACUCACCAGCACCAUGCUUACGACACUGCUAUGGGGUUUCAGUAAAGGUCUGCCCAUGGCCAUCAUUGCAAGAGCUCUGGCCGGUGCUGGCAACGGAAACGUAGGCAUUUUGAGGACAAGUGUGGCAGAGAUGGUUCCGUGGAAGGAGCUUCAGCCCAGGGCAUUCUCCAUCAUGCCCCUGGUAUGGAACGUUGGGAGCAUUUUGGGACCUUCUAUCGGAGGUGCCUUGGCCAACCCAUUCAACGUGAAGCCCGGAGAGCAGCGUGCUAACGCGAGCUUACUUGAGACUUUCCCAUAUGCUUUGCCAAAUCUUGUUGGUGCGUGUUUUUUUGCUGUCGGCAUAACUACAGGUAUCUUGUUUCUGGAGGAAACUCUGGAAGGCGCUGGACCUGAUAAGCGAAAGGAUUACGGUCUCAUGCUUGGAAAGAAGCUUGCUGGUGGUUUCAAGUACAUGUUCGGCACCUUCAAGCGCAUGAUUGGAUUGCAGGGCAACGCAGCCAAAUCCGAACCUCACACCAACGGUGAGACGGAGCCUUUGCUCAAGCGGCGUGCAACUGAGGAUGAAGAGGACAGCCUCGCUUUCGAAAUCAAACCCAAACUUCCACCACCGCAAUGGAGAGAAGUGCUGAACCGUCAAGCGUUCAUCAACCUGGUCGUCUACGCUCUGCUGGCAAUGCACGCCAUGGCUUUCGACCAGCUCAUCCCAGUCUACGCUCAGCACGACCCAAUUGGAACUCCAAAUUCAACACCUUACAGUCCACCUCUCAAAUUCGCAGGAGGAUUCGGCUUGAAUUCUUACCAGAUCGGACUGAUGUCAACGUGCUACGGCGUUGCGGGAAUCUUCGUCCAAUUCUUCAUCUUCCCACCUCUGUGUCGAAAAUUUGGAGUGCUCUACCUGUUGAAAAUAGCAGCCUGCAUCUUCCCAAUCUUGUACAUCCUGACGCCUUUUACAGCGCUGCUUCCCACGACGGCAUGGCAGGUAGGAUGCAUGUUCACCAUCAUGGCGCUCAAAUGCCUUUGUGGCAUCUUUGCAUUUCCUUGCAGUACGAUUCUGCUGACGAACAGUGCUACGAGCUUGAGGACGCUUGGUACUCUGAACGGAAUCGCCACCUCUGUCUCUGCGGUUGGAAGAGCUGUAGGUCCGGCUCUGGCAGGACUGAUCUAUUCUGCUGGCGUCAAGAGAGGCUAUGUGAUUGCUCCUUGGUGGUUUCUGGCCGGCGUUGCUAUCAUUGCACUAAUUCCAAUCUGGUGGUUGGUGGAAGGCGAGGGCUUUGGCGGGGAUGGAGAAGUGAGCGACGAGGAAGACGACGACACCGAGAUUGAGGACCAUCUUCAAGUCGCGGCUCUCGAAGGAGAAGCGCAGGCCAUGGGCAAGGCUGGGCCUGCUACACUUCCAGUUGGUGACGACGAAGAACAUGAAGAGCAUGCGUAUGGUGGUCUUGCACCUCUAAGCCGCACGAACACUCAAAAUUCAGUCUUCUCCAACGAUCCGGAUCCUGCAACCGGGGGGAGUCGUGGACACAGCAGAAGGCCAUCUGGAGCUGGAACCGACCGAAACGAGCAGCAAAACGCCGGAAAGCCAACUCUGAGCAGGAGAAGCUCCAAGAAGGUCUUGAGAAAGAUGUCGAUACCAAUUGGGAUGGGCGGGCAAGGUAUCAGCCGGCGGUACAGCAGUAACCUCGGGCAGAGCUUUGGGAGUGCUGGAAGCUUUCAAUGA